GUCCAGCCUUGUCCAUCACCAGUUCAUCCCCCGUCAACCUCUAUCGUCCUCCACGAUCUCAAAGAUGAAGUCCUCCUACUCUCCUUUGGCAGUAUUGGUGCUGGCCGCCACCGCGGGUGCUCAAUCCGCGCCCGGUUUCCCGGUACAAGUCAACAAUGAGCUGUCUGUGGAUUUUCAGAGUUCCUCCGACAGCUUUCUUCAGCCUGGUCAAAUGUUGUCCCUGAACGACGUUCAAGACGCGCCCACCGCCUCUGGCCCAUCCGGCUCGACCAGGACGUUGAGUUUCAUGUUGUUCAUGAUCGAUCAGGACGUCAAGUCUGAUGAUGGCUCACGCGUCGAACUCCUUCAUUACUUCCAGCCCAACCUCGCUGGUGCAUCAGAGGUGCUCUCUGACUUCUCGAAAGACGCUCAGAACUUCACCUCGGCGUCUCCUGUGCAAUACAUCGCUCCAGGACCCCCGGCGGGCGACGGUCCGCACCGAUACACGCUCUUGUUGUAUCCACAAUUCGAGGGCUUCUCUGUUCCCAAGGCCUACUCGUCCUUCUUCCCUCCGGCCAACGUCAAUGCCAGAAUCGGCUUCGACAUGGCAGGCUUCGCCAAGGCCGCCAACUUGCCUCAACCCGUCGGCGCCAACUGGUUCGAGGUCCAGAACGGCGAGGCUGCCCCAUCAAGUACCGCCGGCUCUGGAUCCGCAGCUAGCACGAGGACGAGCUCGAGUGAUUCAGCAUCGACGUCUGCUUCAGAUAGCAGUGCAACAACCACGGCCAGCGGCAGCACUGGGUCAUCAGAGACUUCAGCAACUGCGGCAACAGGAUCUACUUUGGCCACCUCUCUACCCUCGUCAUCAGCCACGUCCUCAGCCAGUGCAUCGGCCAGUGCAUCGGCUACUCCUGCAUCUUCGGGUGGCAAUGCGGCUGGAUCCGUGGACGCAAGGAACAGCUUUGCUGGAUUGGUGGUUGCGCUUUCGAUGAGCGUCUUCGGACUGUUGCUGUAAAUGAUGGAUGCAAAAGAUCUGCAUAGGUUCUCUUGGCCAUGGACAUAUACACGGCAAGCUGCAACUCCUUCAAGCAAGGUAUCUGUAUAAUAUGAGACAGGAAUUCUCAGAGUAGAAUAAAAUGACUUGAUGCAGUAUGGACUGAACGCCCGUAGCAUCUCGUAUGGAUGAGUACGAGUACUUCGUAUAUCAGAGCAGCGAGUUAUCGAUCUACAGAAUAUCAAAACUUUAGCGUGCCUGUACCUGUCGAUCUUGGAGUCUAUAAGGCUAGACAAGUCUGUUAAUGAGAUGAAGGGUUAUUCUGUGAGGUCACUCU